GCACACGCUCCAAACAAAAAAGGAAAACACUGUUCGUCAACGGAAGAAGCACUAGUUCGUCACUCUGCCACCGCAAGACUGCGGCUACCCCACGCGACAGCGACCUAGAGCCCACCGCCCUUUCCGUCUCUCUCCUUGUCACCUCCUCCUUCCUCCCGAUCUCGGAACCGAAGCAGCAAUCCUCCCAAACCACAUCCAAGCUUCUUGACGUACGGCAAGUACGAGCAGCGCAGGUCUCUGUCCGGGUUGACACGACGUGCUAUUUUCUUGGCACGCUACCGUUGUGGUCUAGUGCUGCUUCUCGACGGUUUCCUCUGCCGUGAAUUGGUGGUCGGGUUAGGCCCAGAUCUUGUAACGGUCUCGUGUCCGUGAUGGGCGCCCGGUAGUUUGGCCGGAGAAGAGAGUGAUACAGAGAGCAACGCGAAGCAGCAAGAGGCGAGAGGAGGGAUGGGGAAUUGUAUGGACACGGCGGCGUUGGUGGAUAAAAACACCGCAUAUCCUUCAAAAGGUGAUAGCAAAACAGGUUUAUCGUUGAAUACUUCGACUAACAGAAGUGGUUCUACUCGGACAACUUUUACCCAUUCCUAUACAAAUCAGAGUGAGCUUCCUACUCCUAGGACAGAAGGUGAAAUUCUGUCAUCGCCAUAUCUGAAGGCAUUCUUGUUCAGUGAUUUAAAGAAUGCAACAAAGAACUUCCGGCCAGAUAGUCUUAUUGGGGAAGGAGGAUUUGGAUGUGUCUAUAAAGGCUGGAUUGAUGAACAAACUCUUGCUCCUUCAAAGCCAGGAACUGGCAUGGUUGUGGCUGUCAAGAAGCUAAAACCAGAAGGAUUUCAGGGUCACAAGGAAUGGCUGACUGAGGUUGAUUAUCUUGGCCAGCUUCAUCACCAGAAUCUCGUUAAGCUCAUUGGCUAUUGUUCUGAUGGUGAUAACCGUCUUUUGGUGUAUGAGUUAAUGCCUAAAGGAAGUUUGGAGAAUCAUCUAUUCAGACGUGGUGCAGACCCUUUACCCUGGGGCAUAAGACUCAAAGUUGCUAUUGGGGCUGCCAGGGGCUUAUCGUUUCUUCAUGAUGAUGAAAAUCAAGUUAUAUACCGUGAUUUCAAGGCAUCAAAUAUUCUCCUUGACUCGGAGUUCAAUGCAAAACUAUCGGACUUUGGCUUGGCAAAAGCAGGUCCAACCGGGGAUAGAACCCAUGUUUCUACACAAGUCAUGGGUACUAGAGGUUAUGCAGCUCCAGAAUAUAUUGCAACUGGUCGCCUCUCUGUGAAGGCGGACGUCUAUAGCUUUGGUGUUGUGCUGCUCGAGCUGCUGACAGGAAGGCGAGCCUUGGACAAAUCGAAACCAACAACGGAACAGAGCCUAGUUGACUGGACAAGGUCCUACCUAGGCGACAAGCGCCGCCUGUACCGCAUCAUGGACAUGAAGCUGGGUGGCCAGUACCCGAAGAAAGGCGCCCACGCAAUCGCAGGCCUCGCCCAGCAGUGCGUCUGCAUGGAGGCCAAAAUGCGGCCCCAGAUGUCCGAGGUCCUAGAGAAGCUGGAGGAGCUACAGGACCCUAAGUACAGUGUGACUGCACCGCAGGUUGACACCCGGAGGACCUCAUCGGGUGGUUCAGCCCAGAGGUCACCUAGGCCCAUGAGGGCGCAGCCUUCACCGCGGCGCUCAUCAGCCACAGCUUUCCCUUUUCCGGUGGCAGAGUCCCAUCCUAGUACUGCGCAAGUGCACUAGAUGCAGAAACUAUGAUUGGAGAUUUGGAAGCUUUUUAUUAAGGGAUGUUGCUGUAGCAGUUGAUAUAUUCUUUUGUGUAUGCCUAAUCUUUGUAACAGACCUAGGAUGUAUAUAUGCGGUUGUGUGACCAGCAGUUGUAGUUCCUUCUUCACUGCCCGUGCAUGUGUAACAUGAUGUGAUUACCAUUUUUGAUGUUUCCUUGAAACAAUGGAUGUUGAGUAGAGUUCCGAGUUUA